UACGUCACCACAUGCGCCGCGCUCUGAACAGGAAGUGGUCGCAGUGAAUCGGUUCUGUGUUUUGGUGUUUUGGUGGGUUUUUUUGGUGAAAAUGGAGUCGACACUGAACGCGGGAGACUUGGCCACGCUCCGGAACCGAUUCAAGAAAGACGCGGAGUUUUUACUUCACGGCUCCGAGAGUGAAGAGCCGGAGGAGUCGCACAAAGGUUCAGAUGAGGUCGUCUCUCAGCCCCUCCCUCGUGUGAACCGUCACUCAGUUUUCUGGAUUGUGGCGUCGGUGUUGAUCACGUACUACAUCGACUUCUUCCCCGAGCUCCUGCACAGCGACGUCAUCAACAGGUGGUGGUUGAACGUGGGCCUCCUCCUUCUCUCCCUCUGUCUUUCUCUCGCUCUUUUCUGCAUCAUUUACCUGGAGUGGUUUAAGGGGAUCUCUCAGUACGACCGGGAGUACCCCGCCGUCCCCGCCCUCACCACCGCCGCCUUCAUCGCCGCCUCCUGCAGUCUGAACCUGGCGCUGUGGCCCCUCUGGUCCUUCCUCACGCCGCUCCUCCUCUUCACGCAGUUCAUGGGCGUCGUGAUGCUCGUCUCGCUGCUCGGGUAGACGCCCGUCCUCCUGCUCCUCCUGCUCCGACGACGGCGCUCGCUCCUCACUAACCCGUAUUUAUGAUGUCAUGUUUAAUGUUUACGUGCUUUUUAUAACAAAUAAAGUUUUAUACACGUUUGAUUUCA